CAGUUCAGUUUAGAACGUGGGCUUGAAUGAGACGGUUCGCUACUUGUCGGCAGCAACGAGCAAUGUGGACAUAGAAGCAGAUAUUAAAGCAUUAAAGCAGAGUCAAGUGAAGGCAGAGAAAAUCUCACCAAAUACAAAUUUGUGCUGUCAAGUGUUGCGCGGUUGAGAGGCGUUGCAGUGGCCCGUGCCCAAGUGUGAAGUGUGUUCAAACUUAAAUUCCCGUUCUUUCGAUAUUGAAAUUCUAUGUGAAUCGAGUGAGAUGUGAUUUGGAGGCUUCUUUGCCAGACUUGUUCAAUUGUGCUGCUGGGCGAUUUCAGAAAGUUAUUGCUUCAGCGUUCCUCGGGCUUUGACUAAAAAAUGUAUUUAAGUGUUUGAUAUCUCGCAGCAAUUCAAAGUAAGGUGAGGUAUGUGAAAUAUAAUAAUAAAUGCGAAAUAAAGUGCGCUUCAUCAGGACAAUAAACGUGAAUUGGCCGUGGUGUCAGCGCUGCCGUUGAAUAUUCUCAAUAGCCACAACUCUCGGACGCCAAUGGAAAUGCAAUAAAAUAUAAGUAAGACACCGAGAGUUAGUGAUUGGCAAGUGGUGGCUAAGUGGAAAUAAGCGAUAAGUGGUCGAGUUAAAGGGGCAAGGCGAAAUAGUACCAGUGCAAGGAUAAGUGAAAAUCGUAUUCAAGGCUCCAGCUCACCGCUCAGUGUUCAGUGUAAGCGAUGUGCGUGUGUCUGUGUUAGUUCCGUUAUUAAUCUAGUGUCGUCUAGGAAAAAAAUUCCAAACCGCGGAGGCGCAUAAAUUUUAAUUAAACACCCAAGCGCGUCCCUUAACAGCCAUUCGAGAUUUCCGCGCCUCAGCUCACGGUUUCCGUCAUCCAAUCAGCGUCAGCAUCAGCAAUAUCCGUUGUGAUAGUGAAAAACAGAACGAAGAUCCAGAACGUGCAACUGGGGAAACAGUGAAAUCAGCGUCACCAUAAAUUUCGAAAAAUUUCCUAUGAAUUCUAUCUGCGUUGUGUGUUUCCAGUGAAUUCUAUGGUAUGAGUAAAACCGCAUAAUAAUUCAUUAGUGCUUUAAAUAAGAAAAGCUCACGUUUAAGUGUGUGUGUAUCUCGCAUGUGUAAAUUCAAGAAUUUCGAGUAUAAUUACAAAAAUAAAAUCCAAAUAGUUUAAUUAAAGCAACGAAUGCCGCUUGCAAUUGGAACAUUUUUAAGCUAGACAAAAUGUGCAAUUGCCACGGCGAGUCUCCACGAGUUCAGCACCAAAGUGCCGAGCGGCCUUUUGCAUCCAGCGAAGCGUGUUGCUGUCGGUCGCGCAGCUGCGCUCGUGAAUAACGUACGUCGGGAUCCCUCGCUCACACACAAUCACUACACCGCCACAAAUACAACAAAAACAACAACAGAGGACAAGAAAUGUGCUCUUUGCUCUCAGGAAGUAAGUGAGUUGCAAGCGUUUAAAAACGGAUGAGGAAGUGAGAGGUGCUUGUCGGCGGAGCAACAGUUAAACCACAACACAACGCGCCUAAAAGCCGGCAACACUACAAAGUUUAUUGGCACGAAAAAUCAAAACGGCAGAAAACCACAAACACCGUUAAGCGAGGUAAAUGCCAAGGAAAAGUGAGCUUAAGAGUGCGGAACCAAAGUGGUGAGCAGUCAAAACACUAGAAAAAAUAGUAAAAAGACAGGAGAAGAGUGUAAAGGACCGUAUGCGAAAGGCGAGCACUCGAGCCGGUGUUUAAGUGCAAUAACGACAGAAAGAGCAACAACAAACAAAUACACGGCAACAAAACUGCAAUAGAGCAAUUGCAACAUCAAUAACACAAUCAACAAAAACAACAAUAAAGCGUUGAAACUCUAACUUACAGACAUUCUUCUGCUUCUACUCACACUUUCAAACGCCAACGAACGGUAUCACAACAGAAAGAUUGAUACGAGUGCUGAAAUAAGAUAUGUUUUGCUGUCUGAGGACUUCAAGUGCAGUAGAAGAGCCAUAACACCAGAAUAAUUGCAACGAAUAUAGAAAUUGCAGAAAAAAUAUCUCAGUCAGAAAUAACAAUCUCAAUUAAGCAGGUGUGUGCCUCGUCGUAUACUUAACUUGAAUCACUCAAAAGUGACAAUUUAAGAAUCUUACAAUUUAACAUACACUACACUAUAAAUAACUGUACAUACAGUCAAUACAAGAAACAAUUCAAAAUUCAGUUAAACUGUAGAAAUGAAUUUGAUUGUGGCCACAAUGAGUUUCCUGAAAGCAAGCAGUCAUCAAAAGGCGACCAUCACUCUCACCGCUCUCAGCUGGUUGCUGCUGGGUCUUGGAUUGAUCAUUUCAUUGCCUGUUUGCACAGCUGGCCCGCAUGAGAAACGCCUUCUACACGCCCUGCUCGACAACUACAACAGUCUGGAGCGAUCCGUCGUAAACGAAUCCGAUCCACUGCAGCUGAGCUUCGGGCUGACGCUAAUGCAAAUCAUCGAUGUGGAAUGGAAUGACAUGAACAUGCGCUGGAACUCAAGCGAGUAUGGCGGCAUACGGGAUCUCCGCAUUCCUACACACAGACUUUGGAAUCCGGAUGUGCUCAAUCGAAAAAAAUUACGCAUAAGUCACUAUGAAAUAAAUAUCUAA